GUCCCUGCGCACCGCCGUGGGCACCGCUGUCAUCUCCUCCGCUCUGCGCAUGAGCACGUCCGUGCGCUACCGCCUGCAGCACCGCGUCCAGGACCUGCCCCAUACGCUGGUGGGACCCAUCUGUGCCUUCUGGAACUUCAGCCUCAGCCCAGAUGCUGGCGGGAUGUGGUCCACAGCCGGCUGCUCUGUGGUGACGUCUCUCCUGGACUCCACUGCCUGUUUCUGCAACCACACCACGAAUUUUGCCGUCCUGCUGCAGGUGCAGGAGAUGCAGAGAACCACCAAGGAGGAGCUCACCCUGCAGACCCUGACUUUCAUUGGCUGUGGAGUUUCCUUCUGUGCCCUGAUGGUUACCUUCAUUUUAUUCUUGGCAGUUGGUGUCCCCAAGAGCGAACGAACCACCGUGCACAAGAACCUCAUCUUCGCCCUGGCUGCAGCAGAAGCUCUGCUCAUGGUCAGUGGAUUGGCCAAGACCAGCCAGGUGCUGUGUUUCCUGGUCACUGCCCUCCUCCAUCUCUUCUUCAUGGCAGCCUUCUCCUGGAUGCUGGUAGAGGGGCUUCUCCUGUGGAGCAAAGUGGUGGCAGUCAACAUGAGCGAAGACAGGAGGAUGAAGUUCUACUACGUGACGGGCUGGGGCCUCCCAGCUGUUAUCGUUGGCGUGACCCUUGCAACUUCCUUUAACAAGUACGUGGCAGACAACCACUGCUGGCUGAACGCCCAGACCAACGUCAUCUGGGCUUUCGUCGGGCCGGUCCUCUUCAUCCUGGCAGUGAACACCUUCGUGCUGUUCCGCGUGGUGAUGGUCACGGUGUCCAGCGCUCGCAGGAGAUCGAAGAUGCUGACGCCCAACAGCAGCCUAGAGAACCAGAUCGGGACACAGAUAUGGGCCACUGCCAAGCCCAUCCUGGUGCUGCUGCCAGUGCUGGGGCUGACCUGGGUGUGUGGGGUCCUGGUCCACCUCAGCAUCAUCUGGGCGUACGUCUUCGUCGUGCUGAACUCCCUCCAG